AUGCCUCCUCAGAAGACAGGACCACCCCCCUCCACAAGGGGUUACUGGCCCUCUACCAACCCAUGGUGGGGAAACUAUCUCUGGAAGAACCCCCACCCCACAAGCUGCCCAGGCAAGAUGUGGUGGCUGCUCCUCUGCGGAAUCCUCCAGACUUGCCCCACACAGGGCUCUGUCCUCUUGGCCCAACGGCUACCCCAGAAGCUGACAUCCCCUGGGUACCCGAAGCCAUAUCUCAAAGGCCAAGUGAGCACCACUGACAUCGAGGCUCCAGAGGGCUUUGUUGUGAGGCUCAUCUUCCAGGAUUUCGACCUGGAGCCAUCCCAGGACUGUGAACAAGACUCUGUCACAGUUACAGGCAGUGGGACGCCUCCAAACCGGUUCUGUGGGCAGCAGGGCGCCCUGCUGGGCAGCCCUCCUGGUCAGAGGGAGUUUGUGUCCUCAGGAAGAAGUUUGCAGCUGACCUUCCGCACAGAUGCCUCCUCAGAGGACAGGAUUCCCCACCUCCACAAGGGCUUCCUGGCCUUCUACCAAGCCAUGGUUGUGGAUGAUAGUCGGCCCAUCAGCCAGGCCAAUGGGAGCUCCACGGCCAUCAGCACACCUGGAGACAACUCCUCCAAGACCCAGAGCCAUUGCCAAGAGCUAUAUUAUCAGGCAGUGCCAGCAGGGACACUCACCUGCACAAUCCAGGGCACCUGGGAGGACAGACAGAACAGGGAGGAGGCUUCUCAGUGUGUGCCUGUGUGUGGACGGCCAGUCAUUCCCAUCACCGAGAACCAAGAGGCCUUUGGUUCUUCCAGAGCUCAGUUGGGCAACUUCCCCUGGCAAGCCUUCACCAGUAUCUAUGGCCGGGGAGGUGGGGCACUGCUGGGUGACAGAUGGGUCCUCACCGCUGCCCAUACCAUCUAUCCCAAAGACAGCAUCUUCCCCCAGAAGAACCGGAGUGUGAAUGUGUUUCUGGGCCACACAAACAUAGAUGAGAUGCUGAAACUGGGAAACCACCAUGUCCGCCGCGUUAUCGUACACCCAGACUACCGUCAGAAUGAGUCCCACAACUUCAAUGGAGACAUAGCUCUCCUGGAACUCCAGCACAGGGUCUCUCUGGGCCCCCACCUCCUCCCAGUCUGUCUGCCCAACAAUGAGACUCUCUACCUCAGUGGACUUUGGGGCUAUGUCAGUGGGUUUGGCAUGAAGAUGGGCUGGUUAACUACUGAGUUGAAAUACUCAAGGCUGCCUAUAUCCAAAAGGGAAGACUGUGAGGCCUGGCUCCGAGAGAGGCAGCGGACUGAGGUGUUUUCUGACAAUAUGUUCUGUGUAGGGGAUAAGAUGCAACAGCAGAGUGUAUGCCAGGGGGACAGUGGUAGCAUCUAUGUGGUGUGGGAUGAUUGUGCCCAUCAAUGGGUGGCUACAGGCAUUGUAUCCUGGGGCAUCGGGUGUGACAAGGGGUAUGGUUUCUACACGAAAGUGCUCAACUAUGUGGACUGGAUUAAGAGAGUGAUGGAGGGGAAUGACUGA